UGGGGGAAGACGAGGCCCAAAGCUUCCGGCCCAAUACGAAAGACACUCGGGUUUUCUGCUAUCUAUCAUAAACCCUAGCUCGCACAGUCGUUGUUAAGACCGCGCGAGUAGAGGGAGUAAGAAAACAUUUCAUCGCGAACUCAGAUUUCAGGUAAGCCAUGGUGAAGCACAACAACGUUAUCCCGAGCUCUCACUUCAGGAAGCAUUGGCAGAACUAUGUCAAGACCUGGUUUAACCAACCUGCUAGGAAGACCAGGAGGAGAACUGCUCGCCAGAAGAAGGCUGUGAAAAUCUUCCCUCGUCCAACCACUGGUCCCCUCCGUCCCAUUGUUCACGGACAGACUCUGAAGUAUAACAUGAAAGUGAGAGCUGGUAGAGGCUUUACUCUUGAAGAAUUGAAGUCUGCUGGAAUUCCAAAGAAACUUGCACCUACCAUUGGAAUUUCUGUUGAUCAUCGUAGGAAGAAUCGUUCUCUGGAGGGUCUUCAAGCUAAUGUUCAACGUCUGAAGACAUACAAGGCCAAAUUAGUGGUCUUCCCAAGACGUGCUAAGCAUACCAAGGCUGGUGAUUCUUCCGCAGAGGAGCUUGCCAACGCCACCCAGCUCCAUGCUCCCUACCUUCCAAUUGCACGUGAGAAGCCAACGGUUGAGCUUGUGAAGAUUACCGAUGAGCUGAAAUCAUUCAAGGCUUAUGACAAACUCCGUGUGGAGAGGAUGAACCAACGCCAUGUCGGUGCCAGGCUCAAGAAGGCAGCAGAGGCCGAGAAGGAAGAGAAGAAGUAGAGAGAGAGAGCUUGAUUUUGGAAGGAUUUUUGUUUAGGGUUUGGUCUGUUUACUGCCGGACUUGUUUCAUGAACACACCAAUUUCAGAGUAUGUAAACUUAAUUAAUCCAAGUUAGCGAGAUGCUGCCAUGGCUCUUUAUUUUUGUAUCACUUUGGGUUUUGUGAUUUGCAGAAUCAUAUUGUGUUUCAUGAUGCAUUUGAUUUCGAAU